CACGCCCACGGCGCCCCCCGCAGUGACUUGCAACGAGACGAAGCCGGCGGCCACGGCCAGAGUUAAAAUCCACACAGAGAGAGAAGUAGAGGACAAAGGAACCUCAGCUCAGCAGCCCACAGCCGGCUGACGACCACUCCACCGUCUCCCUCUUCCUCAAUCUCUCUCUCUCGGUUCUCUUCCUCUUCCCAGCACAUUUGGCACGCUUGGCUUGCAUUCAACUCGGUGCCGCCGGAUCCAACCAAUUUUGCUUGCCGCCCCGCCCGCGCUCUGUCCCUCUCCCGAACACUCUCCAGCCGCGUCUUUUCUCGCUUUAAAGCUCUCCCUGCCUACCAUUGUCCGCCAGCUUAAUUGGCUUCACUAGUACAAGGACUCAGUAUUCCUCUGCUUCUGUCUUGCUCCUCCCCUGCAAUGGCCAAGCAACGCACGGACAGCGCCGGCACCGAUGCCGCCGCCGUCCAAUUGACGAAGCCGAAGCGGACGCGGAAGAGCGUGCCGCGGCGGGAGAGCCCCUCGCGCCGCACCUCGGCGUACCGCGGCGUCACGCGGCACCGGUGGACGGGGCGGUUCGAGGCGCACCUGUGGGACAAGAACACCUGGACCCAGUCGCAGAGGAAGAAGAAGGGCAGGCAAGUUUAUCUCGGGGCGUACGGCGGCGAGGAAGCGGCGGCGCGCGCCUACGACCUGGCGGCGUUGAAGUACUGGGGCCGCGACACCGUCCUCAACUUCCCGUUGUCUAACUACGACGAAGAGUGGAAAGAAAUGGAGGGGCAGUCCAGGGAAGAAUACAUCGGAUCCCUCCGGAGGAAAAGCACUGGCUUCUCAAGAGGGGUGUCCAAGUACAGAGGCGUCGCAAGGCAUCACCACAACGGCAAAUGGGAGGCGAGGAUUGGGCGUGUCUACGGCAACAAGUAUCUCUACCUGGGCACAUAUGUAACACUGCUCGCUUCAUCGGCGGAACAAGAUCGAGUUUACCUACACGCUGGCCAUGUUUUCGAAUUUGGAGGGACGCAGGAGGAGGCGGCCAUGGCGUACGACAUCGCGGCGAUCGAGCACCGCGGGCUCAACGCCGUCACCAACUUCGACGUCAGCCGCUACAUCGACUGGCACCGCCGCCUCUGCCGCGACCUCGGCGACAACAUCAUCACACCCCUAACGAACCCAACCGUCGACCUCGAGGAAGCCAUGGCCGGCGACGACGACGACGGCCAAUUUCUGCUCCCGUCCCAGGCGACGACGCCGCCGUCCACGUCGUCCGCGCUCGGCCUGCUGCUGCUGUCGCCGAGGCUCAAGGAGGUGAUCGAGGGAUCAGGGGCCGCGAGCGCGAUGGCCGCGUCGACUUCCGAGAGCAGCGCCGCCGGCUCCCCCCCGCCGUCUUGGUCUUCGUCUUCCUGUUCCCCUUCCCCGCCCUCGCCCUCGCACUCGCCGCCGGAGACCCAGCAGAAGCAGCAGCAGCAGGAAUACGGCGCUUCGGCUGCGGCGGCGCGGUGCAGCUUCCCGGACGACGUGCAGACGUACUUCGGGUGCGAGGACGGCUGCGCGGAGGUGGACACCUUCUUGUUCGGGGACCUGAGCGCCUACGCCGCGCCCAUGUUCCAGUUCGAGCUGCUGGACGUUUGAUUUUGAGAAAUUCCUUGUUUAAUUUGUUGUAUUCGUAGAUGCUAAAGAAGAGAGGGAAAAGCUCGAGUGAUUAACUUGCAGGAGCAGAGGAUUAGGGUAUAUCUGGUUCCUUCGCUGUCCUUGCCUAGCUUAGGCUCAGUUGCCUCGCAUGAUUUUUCAGCUAGGUUGGAGAUAAUACUAUUGGGAGAAGUUUGCACAGAUUAUAGAACGGUCCGUCCAUCGUUGAAAUGUAAGAAUGCAAGUCAGGAGGUUAAUUCUUCUAUCGAAAUAUAUAUAGUUCGAAAUCUUUUUUAUUAAAA